CACCGACCAUCCAAUGACGACACGCCGUGAAGGGGUUCGCGUCAGCUACAACGCGGCCACCAAUCUGCUCAUGCACCCCGAGGACCGUGGCCGCGACACUGUCAAAGUUCGAUUCACCUCGGUCUUGGAGCAGCCCAACCUCGUUGUCGAUGGCGUCGACGACCUUCUUUCGAUACCACUCUCGAGCGAACAUACCGCGCAGCUUGCAGCGCUCUACGGCAGCCGCGUCCCCGCGAGUGCGAUGGCCUUUCAAAACACAGCGUGGGAUGCAUUUGUCCAGUUGAAAAUGUGCGGCAUCGCCAACAACUUUCUGAGUACAUCCAGAGCCUGUACGGCCCACGUUUCGCACCUCGUUCUCGAUGUAACCGGUGCGAACGCAGCCUUGUACGAGCCCCACGACGUGCCCGAAGGUACCUAUGGCCGGCUCAUUCUUGCCUUGACAACAAGCAAGAAGAAGACCAAGCCGUGGCAAAGCUGUGAACUCAAUGCUCUCUCCAUGUGCGCAAUGUACCUCUCGGUGCAAGUGUCGUCCGAGCCUAUCACGGACGGGUGCCGCGUUGCGCUCAUCUACCACCUCGUCUACGACGACCCGGCUCCCGGCUUUUCCAUUGAGCAGCCAAGUCGAACUGCAGCUGCGGCGGUGUUGACGGCAUUGGCCAGUAUUCGGUACCAGGCGCAAAAAUACGGCAUCUUUCAGAUUCCCAACGACGACGGCGACAAUGACACGAGCCAGAAGCCACCUACGAGCUUUAAGCACAUACGCGGAUACGCGCUGGCAUUCGUCAACGCCCUUGACGCGUCGGGCGAGUACGACUAUGUGCUGGCCAGAGCAACCAAGAAACGGUGCGAGUACCUCGCCCGCCCGUCCAACGCAGCGAUCCCACCGUCGAUCAAGGCGUCGCGCACGAAGACCUAUCCGUCCAGAGACGCGCUUCUGCUGGCACUCGUUGAAGCCGCAAGCGGCAUUGAUGACGACCCCGAUGACGACGAAGACGAAGAUGGCUUUAUGUAUGGGUUCCGCAAUGACGACGUGCUGUCGACCACGCGGCUCAAGAAGACGCACGAACCAGAGCUACCUGCGGCGACAAUGCUGCAGCUCCUUCUCGAUGCCAACAGCGUCGACGUCAUUGACGAAUACCUCCGCCACAGCUGCCAGAACCACGACCAUCCCAAGAUGCACCACAUUGGGCCCAAGCUCCAUGCGUGCCUUACUACGUACGGUUGGUCUGCCCUUGGCUCUGCAGUACAAGCAAUGCUGCAGCGCUGGGUCGCAACGUCGCCGCCCGAGAUCCUGCAUUUGCCGUUUGUGCUGCUCGCGAGUCUGGCCGGCGUGCUGGACGACCCGAUCUGCGCGCCGCUCGACCAUCCGCGCCUCCCCGAGGUCGUCCAAGCCGCGUACGUGGCCCUUCGCAGCGCGUGCGAUGCAGCAAAAGCACUGGAUGAUCAGCGUAACUUCCGGGGCAGAAAAGGCGACCGCAGCUGGGACGCGGCGUUGUGCACCGUUCAAUGCAGCCUUUUGAUCGAGGCAUACGUGCGCGACAGCACCCUCUCGUUGUGGUGGAAGUGCAACACCCGACUGCCGCCUAUUCUCUUGUCGAUGGUGUACGCGUACUGGGCGCCAAAUGGUUUGAUGGCCGCAAUGACCGAGAAGCAUGCGGUUUCGCUCUACCACGAGCACGUGCUGCUGCCCGCGAUCGGGUUGGCAGUGAUUACCAACUCGCGCGUGAGCAUCGCGCCGUACGUACCCGCCAAGACUCGACGAAUCGACUGGAUCUUGUCUCGAUCCAAGUCGAUGACGGCGAACUUGGGCAAUCUAUUGUACCACGCGUCGCGUUGCAACGACCCCCGCGAUGUGUACGGUGUGUAUGGCUGGUACUUGGCCGCCUUUACUGAAGGUGGCGACGUCGAUGAUGAGGACGAUCGAUGCUGGUUGCUCUCCACCGUAUGCAGCAUCGCCAAGCGCAUUCCGAUCCUCAGCAGGAACCUCACCGAGGUGGCAACCUGUGUGGCCAAGGCCGUCGACUGCCUCACGCUGCGACCUGGGACCCUCGACUACUUGGUGCCAAUGGCGUGCGACGACGCAGUACCUCUGGACGAGAAGCUGCGCCACGAAUAUUCGUGUCGGCGCUGUGUCGCGGACGCCCUUGGCUUCUUCAACGCUGCGAAAGCACUUGGUCGUUGUGGCCGAGGCCGACGUGCCCGAGUUUAA